AUGCCAAUGACAGGGACGACAAAGGUUAAGGACAAAGAAAAAACACCAACGAGGAGGUGGGUAGACGAGAUUUUUGGAGAACAAAGUGAGGAGAGCAACAAGCCAAUGAAAGAUAAGGAGACUGGAGAAAGCACCAACAGAAAAAGACAAUGGGAAAGGGAAUCUGCGCAAAAGGAAAAGAGCCAUGAAGGGGUAGGAGAAAAGAUAUGGAAUAGAGAAGAUCAACUACAAGACGUACAUAAUGAAGAAGAUAGUCAGAAUGACAAGGAAGUGGAUAGUAAGAGAGAGAACAAGUGUGAUGGGGAUGAUGAGGAUAAACCACCAGACCCAUCUUAUACAAUAGAUGAGGAGGGGAAGGGUAGGAGGGAGGAAGAUGAUGAAGAGGAUAUCCAGGAAAAUAUCAAUGCAGUAAGCAAAGAUGGAGACCUCUCACCAAGACAUACCAAAGAAUUACGAACGAGUAGAAAGAUCUAUAAAGUUAUUGGCAGGGGCAGGAGCACAAUGAGUAGUUCAGCAAAACCACCUCUGUCGAAAUAA